GAGAGGAGCUUGCACUUUCAAGUUUCAUUCCCAGAGACGCUUCCCUUCAAAGUGGUGUUCCCAAUUCCAUCUUCUGCUUUGCUUCUGGCGUCAGUUGGCCAUCUCUGUGGAGAACUCCUAUCUGAGAGCUGAUAAAGCAAGUCCACCCAGCUCCUGCAUACGGCAGCCAAUUGGGUGCAUUGUCUGGCCCUCUUGGUUUGGCGUUGUGCUGAGUUGUGUUCUCUGAUUUUGAAGGCACUUAUACGGUUGAACGUGAGAUGUGGGAUUUUGGGGAAGAUCUCGACUUUGAUGACGAGGAUGACGUUGGGGCGCUUCUGGCCAAAGCCAGGAUAAAAGUCACAGGCCUUCCGUUGGGGCAUGCUCAGAGACCAAUGCAGAAUACCAGCAGUGGAGGCCCAGCAAACAAAACUCCAACAGCUUCAGAAGCAAGUAAUCCAGGAAAUAAUGUUAUGGACCGAGCUCCAACUAUUAGCUCAAGCAUAAUUCCAAUCAAGCAACGGUCUGGAAGUCCCCAGUCUUCAGGCGAUCGGAGCGCUUCUUGUCCGCCUCCGCGGACACGGUUGAACAGCCGCGGCCAACCCCUGGCAAAUGUCACCAAUGCCAUUCUCACAGCUAAGUCAGUAGGCCGCCAAGUUCCAGCUGAUGUGAACCAAACGCUACAAUCAAAGCACGCAGGUCAAGUGCCCCUGCGAACAACUGAGGUUUCUUCGACCCGCCUCUCGGAGCCCUUCAAAGUUCCUUUCUUGAAAGGCGCCGGCUGGCAGGGGAAGGCAGGUGGACAGGAGGCCACAGCAUUCCAUAAAGCUCAGGGCAGGGCUCCGGAUGUUGGCAGGCAGUUCUCAAACGCAUUUGCGAGCACGUCAGGUCCUGUGGACUCAGCCUCCGGGAGACGCUUCGAUGCCGCCGAGAAGGGGAAGAGAAUUGUGAGUCAGGUUGGGGAUGGAUCCAUGUCUGCGCCUGCAAAAGGUCCGCCACCAUCAGAGGGUGUCCUUUGCCAUCGCCCGCCUGUCAUUCCGGGCCCUGCUGGCGCCGUACAGAGGGCGUUGGCUCAAGGCCGCAGCUCAGCUGAGGCUCAGGGGCUAAAGGCAAGCACUUCAAAGCAGGCACCCCUCUCCCUAGACGCUCUCCCUGAUGAGGACUUCUCAAAGGGACCGUGGCUUGCAGCGCUUGACUUCAUCCAGAGGGAGGGGGCCAGAACAGGGGCUCUGCAGGUUACGCGAUUGAGGGAGCUGCGGAAGGGGGCAACAAGCAAGAGGAUAGGACAUCUGGUGGUUAUGGUCAAGUCCAUGUCGCCAACAGGAGAGGGCGACAUGUUUGCCAUUGUCAAGGAUCCUAGCGGGACCUUGGAGGGCACGUUGCACAGGAAGCUGCUGGCAGAUGCACAGCUGGGGCCCAUCACUACAGGAACAGUGCUCGUCCUUCAGCAGGUGGCGCUCUUCCGACCAGUUCCAAGGACGUGCUACUUGAACAUUGUCUCCAGCAACGUCCUCAAGAUCUUCCCAACGAAAACCCCACGGCCAGUAUCGGGUGGCAGCCUGCGGGCUUCGCCCGACCCGGCGUUGGCCGAGCCGUCCUGGGGCAACUUCGACCUUCCCACGAACAGCAACAGCUUGAAGAGUUUACCCCGGAGUCGUGAGACCGCAUCAGCAGCCGGCGAGGAUUUGCCCAGGAACGCAACAAACGUCUACAACUGUGAGACACCGCAGCGCGACAGUUCGUUGAGAACAUCGGCCGACUUCGCGAGGAUGAAGAUCGGUGACGUGGCGGGGCUUUCUACCCGGCUAGAAGAUUUGUUACCAGAGCUCCCAAGUCAGCGGACUGGCAGCGCCUCCGGUGCAAUUGGCUCUGACGGUAAUCCCGACACGCCUGGUCCGCCGUCAGCCACCCCUUCCGAGCUGGACAACCUUCCGUGGGGCGGUGGCGACCAGACAGCUCGCUCAAGCCGCCCCUCGGUCGCCCUCCCAGGUGCAACGCCCCGGCAGAAUGCGAACCGCGGAACCCACCCAGCUGCUGCCAAUGGCGGAGUGCCUGCGGGGGUCGCGAUGACCAGAUUGAAUCUGUCAGGGAACGUGGCUUUGAGCGUGGAGCUUCCGAGCGGCGAAACCGUGCGAACGGGGCCUUCGCAGGGUAGCGGCCCAGGGCAAGGAGUGGAGAAUUCGAAACGAGGGCGGGAAGCGCUGAGCGUUGACAUCCAGCAGCUGUUGGCGGGGCUCGAUGAGGAGGACUGGUUCAUGCCGGGGGAGGACGCUCUACCUCCGAACAAGAAGUCGCGUGAGCUUGAGGAAAGCUUGCCCUUCUAGAAGGAUAGUCCGCUGCUUGCGGUUUGUCAAAGAAUGAUCAUACAGAGCUUUGAUACUGAAGAAUGCCCUUACAUGAUAGGACGGCAGCAUCCCAAAGUUCUGCUAAACGCCGAGGUUGCCUUUUGAAGCAGACCACUGAAAAUCUGGUGUACACCGUCGCUGUGCUUGCAUGCUUGCAAUGUCAGUGCACUAGGCUUUCUUAGGACGACUGACAAGAUUCUAGGGCAAAGUCGAGGCAGCUUUUUCUUGGAAGAGUUCACUGCCAGUCUGGCAAGUAAGAUCGUCAGAAGAAGAGAUUCACGUCGUAGUUUGUCCCCCCUGCAAAGGUGCGCGAAGGUUGCGGACUUACUCGUGCCCG